CUGCUUUGUUCUUUAUUAUGUCACUCAUGAUGAUUUAUGUAUGAACACACACACACACACACAGUGUACAGUCUCCUGUUGCAGUGGCUCGUCUCUCAGCUGUGUGAAGGCGUGACUGCAGGCUUCAUGACCAUCUUUAAGAUGUCAUGGCAGCCUCCGUACCACGGCUCAAAGUUCCGUCAUGUUUAUGGAAAACCAGCUUGUAAGGGCCAGAAUUAUGAUGGUCUGCCAAUCACUCGCGGUGUCCACGACAACCACUGCUGCGCCGUCAAUCCAUGCUUCAUCGCAGUGGUCACUGAGUGUGCUGGGGGUGGAGCCUUCACCGUCAUCUCCAUCCGUCACGUGAGCGUGAUUCUUAUUGUACAGAACCACAAUGAGGGACAACAAAGUGAUGUCAUCAACAACGCACCUGUGUGUGUGUGUGUGUGUGUGUUACAGAAAGGUCGUGUGGACCCUCAUCACCCCCGUGUGUGUGGUCACAGCGCUCGGGUUCUGGAUGUUAAGUGGGAUCCAUUUGAUGAUCAGCGUAUAGCUUCCUGUUCUGAAGACUGCACGGUUAAAGUGUGGCAGAUUCCCUGUAAUGGAUUGAAGGGUAAUCUGAUCAAACCACAGAAGGAGUUGUUAGGCCACGUCCGGAGGGUGGGGCUUAUCGAGUGGCAUCCAACCGCAAAAGACAUCUUGUUAAGCUCUGCCUACGAUUAUAGAGUGUGUAUAGACACAGACACACACACAUACACACAGAGACUAUCAUCUUUAUACACAUAUUCUGGUGUGUCUUUAUGCUGUGUGUGUGUGCUGCAGGUGUGUGUGUGGCGUGUGGACCAUGUGGGUGUGGUUGUGGUGAAGACUCCAGUGUGUGUGAUACACACACACACUGACCUGGUGAUGAGUGUGAGCUUUAGUGAGGACGGCAGCAGAAUUGCGACAACAUGCAGAGACAGACGAGUCCGAGUUCUCGAGCCACGCACAGGGCACACACUUCAGGAGUCAUGUAAUGAGUCUCACAAGGCUUUCAAGGUUCUGUUCCUCUCUAACCGGAACCUGCUGCUCACAACUGGAACUUCCAAGUGGAACCAGAGACAGUUCGCCCUGUGGGACCCGGAUGAUUUAUCUGAGCCAUUGUUGGAGGAGGAUGUGGAUGGAGGUUCUGGUGUUCUUUUUCCAUUUUAUGACCCUGACACACACAUACUCUACCUGGCUGGCAAGGGAGAUGGCAAUAUUCGGUACUAUGAAGUGAGUUCGGAGAAACCGUACAUACAUUUCCUGGCAGAAUAUCGGUCUCCACUUCCACACAAGGGCCUGGGUGUGAUGCCGAAGCGAGGUUUAAACACUGUGCAGUGUGAAGUCUUUCGUUUUUAUCGCCUCGUUACAGUAAAAGACCUCGUGGAACCGUUAUCCUUUAUUGUACCAAGAAAGUCUGAGGACUUUCAGGAGGAUAUUUAUCCGAUGACAGCGAGCAACGAGGCGGCCAUGACGGCUCAGGAGUGGCUCAUGGGGCAAAACAAAGGCCCGCUGCUGAUGUGUCUGAGGCCUGAGACCAAAGUGCAGAACCCGUACCCAGCUCCAGAGCAGGACACUGAGCGCCCAGCCUGCAGCUUGGACCUCCUCCAGGAAAACUACAGAGCAGAGAAAUCGGCCAAUGAGAAAGCAGGGUAUGACAUUGUUGACCUAUCAGAGUGGCAGGAGGAUGAGACUCAGUGGAACAGCUGGACAGACAGAUGCUUUGGGGUUCGGUGGUGCGAGUCAGUGGCUUACACGCCACCGGCCGUAGACAAGGAGCUGCUGAAUGUGUUUUAUAAGCAGCAGGAAGAGAUCAGGUCACUGAGGCAGCAGCUAUGUCAGCGAGACAGCAGGAUUCAGCAGCUGGAGCUGGAGAUCAAGAACAUACGCAAUCAGCUGAGAGCCUCAUUCUGAUUAAAACACGCAAAGAGCCAACGGACCGGAGACGGACUCGGUGAACAGAGAACGGUGUGACGAUGUGAGUCAAACUGAACUGAGCAAGAGUACAGAUAAGCAGCAUGCCCAAUCUUAAAAGGUUCCUGUGGUUAAGAUAAUGACGUGUUGCAGUCAAAUUAAUUUGAGCUGGGUUUUUUUUACACAUUUGUAAUAAACUAACAGCUUCAUUUACAAUGUCAGCUUAUAUGAUCGAUGUUGUGUCUAUGAUACAAAACACAGCACACUUUUGACACAGCUGAGAAAAAGUUUAUUUCAUAAAACAUCACUAUAAACAUCAUCAGGUGACAAACAUCCACUCAUUUGUCUGAACAAAAAUACAAAACAAUUUAUCAAAAUUACAGUACAGUGAUUUUCCAACGUCACAAAUCUACUGACUGACACAAGUCUAAUUUUGCAGGACCCUAAAUGAAUAAAUCUGAUCCCAAUGUACAAUAUUGCUUUUAAAGCUUUGUUCAUUCUACAGAAUGGAAAAUCCAGAGUUUGUGCAAAACUGCAGCGCAUUAAUCCAUUCCAUAAAUCCAAACUACGAUGAAUCAUGCGACUGACUGAAGUUCAACAGUAUCUCCAUGUGUGAUGUCACUUGGUUUCUGCUACAUUGUUCUGAUGAACUACUGAGGACUGAGUCCUCUAUGAUAAACCCAUUUUGUUGUUAUUUAAAUAUAUUACAUUUCUCCUGAGAGCAAAUCUGUAAACAGACUCAUUCUGGUCAAACAAACGCAAAUCAUCCUCUUGUCCGUUCUUCAAGUCCUUGGUUGUGAUUAUGAAGUUCAUUUGAAUUCUGUUUAAUUCAUGAUAAUGCUACAGCAUGAAUGUUGUUGGGGUUAAAGUUGAAGAAUAAUUGGAGCUACCUGAUUGACAGGAAGUCAAAAUACACGGACAAAUGUGACAGAGAUUGAGACUUGAGCUUUUUCAUUUAAAAAAAUUUCAAACAAGGUUUUUUGCUGUUUUGUUUUUUUGUUAUUUGAUUUAUAUCAGAGAUGUGAAACAUAAAAUGUGGAUUGAUUUGGAAUUUUGUGUAAAGCAAUAAAAAGGCCUGUAUUUAAUUGUA